AUGACCUCCAGGACCACAAAGAAGCCACUUUCGCUCUUCCUCUUCAAGACGAAGAUGCCAGAAAAGCUUCUAGAGAUCCAGAGGCUGGCCAUGCUCACGGUCAGCUUCGAGAGAAAGAACAAAUCUACCGAGCCCAGCCAAUGCUACCGCUUUCAGAGAACGAUCAAUUAUUACUUAGAAGAAAGUAUUUCGGAGACUAAUCUGGAUAAGUUGAAGAAAGAACUUGUAAUGUUGGCUCUAGCACAUGAUAGUUUAUGUAGCGCAUUCAAAGAGCUCUUGAACUUUUGUGGAAUAACAGUAUUAUUGCUUUUUGUCAUCGCGUAUUGUCAGAUAUUCGUAUACAUCAACAAAUUCAUUGAGGAAGGAAAAGUAGCUGGUGAUAUGUACUCGUGCUUUUGGAACAUUCUGUUUCUCACUCAAUGUUUUGUAACGGUUGUUGUAACUACUCUCAUCAAGCAUGAGACCACUCAAAAUCCAUCUACUUCAAAUUCUGUAGCUAUAGUAGAAAUUCAAGAUAGACAAAGCCAUGGAGCUUUAGCUAUUACAUCUAUUGCACAAGAAUCAAGUGCUUCUACGUCUACCGAUUUGGCAGAAAGUCAAAAGAUUUUGAUUAUUGCUGAAACGCAUCGUCAACCAAGUGCAACACUGGCUGAACAACACGUCAUUGUAACUAUUGCUGAAGUGCAUAAUCAACAAAGUUCAACACUACCUAGGCAACGGAACAUGGAAGCUGCAGCUGAAAUUUACAUAGCCAAUGAACAAUUACACGCACUUUCAGAUCCAAUGGACAAAAUAGAAGAAUUUCACUAG